AUGGAAUUUGUGGGGGAGGAGCCGCCGGUGUCUGCUGCUGCGGCGGCCAUCGCGGCGCGGUGCAGCCCGACGGCGUCGGCAGCAGCAGCAGCAGCGGUGACAGCAGCAGCAGCAGCAGCAGCAGCAAAGUCUGGGGCCCCACAGCCCCGCCGCUGCCUCGACCGCUGCGAGCGCCGCUGGCCCCUUUCGGAGCCCCAGGCUUUGGCUAGCCAGCUAGCCAAAGUGGGGGCUUGCAAGGAGGGCUGUUCCUUUGGCCCCAGCGUCACAGAGGACCAGUGCGGAGACAACUGCAGAAGACUUCUUAACCGUGCAGAGGUGUCUCUACAAGACGUGGGCCUGCACGACGCCAUGGGCGCUUGCGUGGCGGGCUGCCGCGGCAGGUCCUUCUAA